UUUUUUGUUGUUGUUGCCCACCCCAGCAGCGGCUGGGGCAGCCCCCCCCCCCCCCGCGCCCCCACUCUCGAGGAGAUUUGGGUUUAAACUUCGGCUUUUGGGGAGCCCCGAAGAUGCCUUUCCACCCGGUGACGGCGGCUUUGAUGUACCGGGGGAUCUACACCGUCCCCAACAUCCUCUCCGAGCAGCAUCCCGUGGAGAUCCCGGAGGACGAGCUGGAGGAGAUCCGUGAAGCCUUCAAGGUGUUCGACCGGGAUGGCAACGGCUUCAUCUCCAAGCAGGAGCUGGGCACGGCCAUGCGCUCCCUGGGCUACAUGCCCAACGAGGUGGAGCUGGAGGUCAUCAUCCAGCGCCUCGACAUGGACGGUGAUGGGCAGGUGGACUUUGAGGAGUUUGUGACAUUACUGGGGCCCAAGCUGUCCACCUCGGGCAUCCCGGAGAAGUUCCACGGCACCGACUUCGACGCCGUCUUCUGGAAGUGUGACAUGCAGAAGCUGACGGUGGACGAGCUGAAGCGGCUGCUCUACGACACCUUCUGCGAGCACCUCUCCAUGAAGGACAUCGAGAACAUCAUCAUGACAGAGGAGGAGAGUCACCUGGGCACGGCCGAGGAGUGCCCCGUGGACGUGGAGACCUGUUCCAGCCAGCAGAUCCGCCAGACCUGCGUGAGGAAGAGCCUCAUCUGCGCCUUCGCCAUCGCCUUCAUCAUCAGCGUGAUGCUGAUCGCCGCCAACCAGGUGCUGCGCAGCGGGAUGAAGUAACGGGGGCGCGGCCCCCCCAGACCCGGAGCCACCGCCCCUCGGGAGGGGGCAACGCCCAGCCGGGUCCUGCUGUCCCGGGACCGGAUCCCACUGGCCUGGGGUCGGAUCACCGUUGUCCUGGGACAUGGUUCUGCUUUCCCCGUAUGGGAUCCCGCUGUCCCGGGGCCGGAUCCCGCUGUCCCGGGGCCGGAUCCUGCUCUCCUAGGGCUGUAUCCCACUGUCCCAGGGCUGGAUCCCGCUGUCCCGGGGCUGUAUCCCACUGUCCCAGGGCCGGAUCCCUCUGUCCCGGGGCUGUAUCCCGCUGUCCAGGGCUGUAUCCCACUGUCCCAGGGCUGUAUCCCUCUGUCCCGGGGCUGUAUCGCGCUGUCCCGGGGCUGUAUCCCUCUGUCCCGGGGCUGUAUCCCUCUGU